UGAGCUUAAAAAACAAACUCAGUAACUUAUUUGAUGUUUUGGCAGAUCACAUCUUCAUUGAAGCUCCACCCACUGUGAUUCAUCAUCAUUGAAGCUCCUCCCACUGUGAUUCAUCAUCAUUGAAGCUCCUCCCAUUGUAAUUCAUCAUCAGUGAAACUCCUCCCACUGCCAUUCUCCAAAAAAAGCUGUAAAUUCCCAUCAGCUACAAGUGAAGACGAGCAUGAAAGCAUCAGGAAGAGCUGAAAUCUGCCAAGACUGAGUUUAUUAAAGAGGACAGUGAGAACACGAGUGAUCCAGAACCCUGCAGAAUGAAACACACUGAAGAUCCUGAAGAACAAAGAGAACUGAGUGAAGUGGACGAGGAGAGUGAAGAACUGAGUGAAGUGAAGGAGGAGAGAGAAGAACUGAGUGAAGUGGACGAGGAGAGUGAAGAACUGAGUGAAGUGAAGGAGGAGAGAGAAGAACUGAGUGAAGUGAAGGAGGAGAGUGAAGAACUGAGUGAAGUGAAGGAGGAGAGAGAAGAACUGAGUGAAGUGGACGAGGAGAGUGAAGAACUGAGUGAAGUGAAGGAGGAGAGAGAAGAACUGAGUGAAGUGGAGGAGGAGAGAGAAGAACUGAGUGAAGUGAAGGAGGAGAGAGAAGAACUGAGUGAAGUGGAGGAGGAGAGAGAAGAACUGAAUGAAGUGGAGGAGGAGAGAGAAGAACUGAGUGAAGUGAAGGAGGAGAGAGAAGAACUCAGAGAAGUGAAGGAGGAGAGAGAAGAACUCAGAGAAGUGAAGGAGGAGAGUGAAGCACUGAGUGAAGUGGAGGAGGAGAGUGAAGAACUGAGUGAAGUGGAGGAGGAGAGAGAAGAACUGAGUGAAGUGAAGGAGGAGAGAGAAGAACUGAGUGAAGUGAAGGAGGAGAGAGAAGAACUGAGUGAAGCGAAGGAGGAGAGAGAAGAACUGAGAGAAGUGAAGGAGGAGAGAGAAGAACUGAGUGAAGUGGAGGAGGAGAGAGAAGAACUGAGUGAAGUGGAGGAGGAGAGAGAAGAACUGAGUGAAGUGGAGGAGGAGAGAGAAGAACUGAGUGAAGUGGAGGAGGAGAGAGAAGAACUGAGUGAAGUGAAGGAGGAGAGAGAAGAACUGAGUGAAGUGGAGGAGGAGAGAGAAGAACUGAGUGAAGUGAAGGAGGAGAGAGAAGAACUGAGUGAAGUGAAGGAGGAGAGAGAAGAACUGAGUGAAGUGAAGGAGGAGAGAGAAGAACUGAGUGAAGCGAAGGAGGAGAGAGAAGAACUGAGUGAAGCGGAGGAGGAGAGAGAAGAACUGAGUGAAGUGAAGGAGGAGAGAGAAGAACUGAGUGAAGCGAAGGAGGAGAGUGAAGAACUGAGUGAAGUGGAGGAGGAGAGAGAAGAACUGAGUGAAGUGAAGGAGGAGAGAGAAGAACUGAGUGAAGUGGAGGAGGAGAGAGAAGAACUGAGUGAAGUGGAGGAGGAGAGAGAAGAACUGAGUGAAGUGGAGGAGGAGAGAGAAGAACUGAGUGAAGUGGAGGAGGAGAGAGAAGAACUGAGUGAAGUGAAGGAGGAGAGAGAAGAACUGAGUGAAGUGAAGGAGGAGAGAGAAGAACUGAGUGAAGUGAAGGAGGAGAGAGAAGAACUGAGUGAAGCGAAGGAGGAGAGAGAAGAACUGAGUGAAGCGGAGGAGGAGAGAGAAGAACUGAGUGAAGUGAAGGAGGAGAGAGAAGAACUGAGUGAAGCGAAGGAGGAGAGUGAAGAACUGAGUGAAGUGGAGGAGGAGAGAGAAGAUCUGAGUGAAGUGAAGGAGGAGAGAGAAGAACUGAGUGAAGUGGAGGAGGAGAGUGAAGAACUGAGUGAAGUGAAGGAGGAGAGUGAAGAACUGAGUGAAGUGAAGGAGAGAGAAGAACUGAGUGAAGUGAAGGAGGAGAGAGAAGAACUGAGUGAAGUGAAGGAGGAGAGUGAAGAACUGAGUGAAGUGAAGGAGAGAGAAGAACUGAGUGAAGUGAAGGAGGAGAGAGAAGAACUGAGUGAAGUGAAGGAGGAGAGAGAAGAACUGAGUGAAGCGAAGGAGGAGAGAGAAGAACUGAGUGAAGCGAAGGAGGAGAGAGAAGAACUGAGUGAAGUGAAGGAGGAGAGAGAAGAACUGAGUGAAGUGAAGGAGGAGAGAGAAGAACUGAGUGAAGCGAAGGAGGAGAGAGAAGAACUGAGUGAAGUGGAGGAGGAGAGAGAAGAACUGAGUGAAGUGAAGGAGGAGAGAGAAGAACUGAGUGAAGCGGAGGAGGAGAGAGAAGAACUGAGUGAAGAGGAGGAGGAGAGAGAAGAACUGAGUGAAGUGGAGGAGGAGAGAGAAGAUCUGAGUGAAGUGAAGGAGGAGAGGGAAGAACUGAGUGAAGUGAAGGAGGAGAGUGAAGAACUGAGUGAAGUGAAGGAGGAGAGUGAAGAACUGAGUGAAGUGAAGGAGAGAGAAGAACUGAGUGAAGUGGAGGAGGAGAGAGAAGAACUGAGUGAAGCGGAGGAGGAGAGAGAAGAACUGAGUGAAGAGGAGGAGGAGAGAGAAGAACUGAGUGAAGUGGAGGAGGAGAGAGAAGAUCUGAGUGAAGUGAAGGAGGAGAGGGAAGAACUGAGUGAAGUGAAGGAGGAGAGUGAAGAACUGAGUGAAGUGAAGGAGGAGAGUGAAGAACUGAGUGAAGUGAAGGAGAGAGAAGAACUGAGUGAAGUGAAGGAGGAGAGGGAAGAACUGAGUGAAGUGAAGGAGGAGAGUGAAGAACUGAGUGAAGUGAAGGAGGAGAGUGAAGAACUGAGUGAAGUGAAGGAGGAGAGAGAAGAACUGAGUGAAGUGAAGGAGGAGAGAGAAGAACUGAGUGAAGUGAAGGAGGAGAGAGAAGAACUGAGUGAAGCGAAGGAGGAGAGAGAAGAACUGAGUGAAGAGGAGAGAGAAGAACUGAGUGAAGUGAAGGAGGAGAGAGAAGAACUGAGUGAAGUGGAGGAGGAGAGAGAAGAACUGAGUGAAGUGAAGGAGGAGAGAGAAGAACUGAGUGAAGUGAAGGAGGAGAGGGAAGAACUGAGUGAAGUGGAGGAGGAGAGUGAAGAACUGAGUGAAGUGGAGGAGGAACAUCAUGUCCAACCUGGAGGAAAACCCUUGAGUCGCUCAAAGACUAAAAAAACAUUUUUAAAGAAAAGAAGAGCCAAUAAAUCUUUCACCUGCACUCAGUGUGGAAACAGUUUCACAUUCAAACAUGAUCUUAAUGUUCACAUCAGAAUUCACACCGGAGAGAAGCCAUUCAUGUGUGAACAGUGCGACAAAACCUUUCUUGGGUCAUCAGAUCUGAAGAAACACCUGAGAGUUCAUACAAAGGAGAAGCCACAUUCAUGUUCUUUGUGUGGAAAGAGUUUUUCACUGCGGUGUAGUUUACAAGUACAUCAGAGAAUUCACACUGGUGUGAGAGAUUACGUGUGCUUUGAGUGUGAGAAGACUUUUACUACAGGGAGUGAUUUAAAACGACACCAGAGAAUUCACACUGGAGAAAAGCCUUACAAGUGUUCACACUGUGACAAGAGAUUCAGUCUGUCAGCAGAUCUAAAAACACAUGAGAGGAUCCACACUGGAGAAAAACCUUACACGUUUUCACACUGCGACAAGAGAUUCAGUCAGCCAUCAACUCUGAAAACACAUGAGAGGAUCCACACUGGAGAAAAACCUUACAAGUGUGAUCAGUGUGGGAAGGGUUUCUCUUUUAAAAAUCACCUGAAGCACCACAUGAAGAUCCAUACAGUGGAGAAACCACAUCAACACAGUCUGAGAUCACGGUAAGUAGUAGGGCUGCACAAUAUAUAAUUUCAGCAUCGAUAACAAUAUCGAUAAUUAAUUUCAGCAUCGAUUAUGUGUGCAUCCACGAUAGUCAUAUCGCAAGAUGUGCAAUAGGUAUCAUAAUUGAUCCGUGAUUCAUGAUCCGUACGGGUCAGCUGCUUCCUGGCCCGGAGCACUUGUGAUCCAAAGAUCAAUUGCAAAGUUUAACCAUCAUAUCGUGAAAGUUAUUUAAU